AUGGCUGAAGACUCAGCAUGCCUUCCUUCUGAUUAUCAGUUUUGGAUGCAGAAGCUUUCUGUCUGGACUCAGGCCUCCACUUUGGAAACCCAGCGAGACAUCUGCCUUCACCUGCCACAGUUCCAGGAGUUCCUGAGGCAGAUGUAUGAAACCUUGAAAGAGAUGGAUUCAAAUACAAUCAUUGAAAGAUUCCCCACAAUUUGCCAGCUGUUGGCAAAAUCUUGCUGGAGUCCUUUUAUCUUAGCUUACGAUGAAAGCCCCAAAAUUCUAAUAUGGUGCUUGUGUUGUCUAAUUAAGAAAGAUCCACAGAAUUCUAGAGAAUCAAAACUUAAUUCCUGGACACGGAGGUUGUUAUCUCAUAUAGUUUCCACAUUCAGAUUUGAUAUAAAAGAAGUUGAUCUUUUUAAUCAAGUUCUUGGGUAUGCACCCACAGACUACUAUCCUGGUUUACUUAAAAAUAUGGUUUUAUCAUUAGUGUCUGAACUCCGGGAGAAUCAUCUUAAUGGAUUUAACAGUCAAAGACGGAUGUCUCCUGAACGAGUAAGGUCCCUGUCGCGAAUCUGUGUCCCACUUGUUACUUUGCCAGAUUUUGAACCACUGGUAGAGGCUCUGCUCACCUACCAUGGACAUGAACCUCAGGAAGUUCUCUGGCCUGAGUUCUUUGAUGCUGUGAAUGAGGCUUUUUUGCUGAAGAAGAUUUCUCUCCCCAAGUCAGCUAUACUCUGCCUCUGGCUUCGGCACCUUCCCAGUCUUGAAAAUACAAUGCUGCACCUUUUUGAAAAGCUCAUCUCCAGUGAGAGAAAUUCUCUGAGAAGGAUUGAAUGCUUUAUGAAAGAUUCAUUGCUGCCUGAAGCUGCUGCCUGCCACCCCGCCAUAUUCAGAGUUGUUGAUGAAAUAUUCAGGUCCGCACUCCUGGAAACCGAUGGAGCCGCAGAAGUACUAGCCUGCAUUCAGGUGUUUACACGAUGCUUUGUAGAAGCUCUGGAAAAAGAAAACAAGCAGUUGAAGUUUGCACUCAAGACCUACUUUCCUUAUGCUUCUCCAUCGCUUGUCAUGGUGCUCCUCCAACACCCGAAAGAUAUUCCGCGGGGACUGUGGCACCAGCCACUGACACAUAUCUCUGAAAUGCUCAAAGAAAUAGUUGAAGACCACGGGUCCUACGGAGGCCCCUUUGAGAGCUGGUUUUUGUUUGUUCACUUUGGAGGGUGGGCUGAUGUCACGGCUGAGCAGUUACUGAUGUCAGAAGCUGAGGCUGAACCCCCAGAGGCCCUGCUGUGGCUCCUGGCUUUCAGCUGCAGCCCAGGCGCCGGGCAUCAGCAGAGAGUGCAGACCAUGGUGGAGGUGAAGACAGUGCUUGGCCGCCUCACGAAGCUCUUCGGGAGUCCAGCCCUCUCGGCCAGGGAUCUGCAGGCAGCAGCUGGAGAGAACCGGGGUGGAGACCCCAGACCGCCUGCUUGUCAGCAGCUGGUCAGACGCCUCCUCCUGCACUUCCUGCUCUGGGCUCCUGGAGGACACGCGAUUGCCCGGGAAGUCAUCACCCUCAUGGCUCAGACGGAUGCGAUAAUGAACGAGAUUAUUGGCUUCCUGGACUGUACUUUGUACAGAUGGGAUCAUCUUUGCGUGGAAGCCCAUAGGUCGAGAAAACUGGCCAGAGAGCUCCUCACAGAGCUGCGAGAGCAAGCCUUGCCCCAGCAGGUUAACCAGUGA